AUGUUCAUAUGGCCAGCAGAUGCUUUUGUGAUGAAAAUGAUUCCGGCCCUUGUAUCAGCUUCAGCCUUGCUACUAUCUACAAUCCCUUUCCUUGCAACGAUUGUUUUCGCCCAAGACGCACCAACAAAAUGCUAUGUUGUUGACGGAACAGCAGCCGAUAAUUCUGGAUACCGAUGUGAUAAUUCGACGACAGGGAACAGCGCCUGUUGCGCUGCGGGAGCAACUUGUUACUCCAACGGCCUUUGUAAACAGGACAAUGGUCCUGUGGUAGAUUAUCUACGUGUAGGCUGUACGGACCAGACAUGGGAAGAUCCAGCAUGUUUGAAUCAGUGCGCAGCUUUUGCAAAUAGCUCAACAGCCGGUGUCCGAUUCUGCAACGGCGAUAUCACAGACACAACCUCAUACUGCUGCGACGAUGGCUCUCAAGGCAUAGGCAGUUUUCAUUGCUGCGACAACCCAACAUCUAUUUUUCGGAUCAGUCCAGCUGCUACAAUCCUGGCGCAAAUGCCAUUAUCACAACUGAGCACCACAACAACAACCUCCUCUUCCUCAUCAUCCACAUCCCAGACCUCAACAAGUACAAGCAUAUCUUCAACUACAACCACCACCAACGCAGCAGCAACAAGCACAAGCGCGUCGCCUUCAUCUGGAGGCGGAUCAUCAAACAGCGCAGCGAUAGGCGCUGGAGUCGGCGUCCCCGUAGCAGUCAUCGCGCUCGGUAUCGUGGGCUUCUUCGUCUGGAGACACAGACGGAAUAAGAAGCGCAGCCAGACUUUUGAGUUGCAGAAUAAUGAGUCAGGGGAUGGAUACGGAGCGGGUAGAAUGGGAGGAGCAGCAGCAGCAGGCGGGUAUCGUGAUAAUCAUACGCCGCCAGUGCUGGAGGCGGAGGGCUCGCCUAUGCCGAUGCAUGUGCAGAAGAAGGGGUACUUUGGAGGCAGGGAGUAUCAGUCUGCGCCGCAGGAGUUACCGAGUCAGAACCAGGUGCAUGAAAUUGGUACUUGA